AUGUCGUCAGAUGAUUCAAAAUUAUUUUCAUCAAUUAAAUAUUUUACAACUGGUUUUCGUGAUCCAGCUAUUGAAACCGAAUUUAAACAACAUGGUGCUAUACGUUCAUUUUAUUUAACAGAAAAAACUACACAUGUUAUAUGUGAUGAUUUUGAAAGCAAUAAAAGUGAAUUAGAACAAGCUAUUGAAAUUUAUCAAACACCAAUUGUUACAUCUAAUUGGAUAAAAGAUUGUUUAAAAUCUAAUCAAUUAUUACCAAUCGAUUCAUAUCGUAGCGAAGAAAAUAAUAAUGAUGAAAACAAUCAAAAACGUCUUUUUCAAUCAUGUACAUUUGCUAAUGCUAAUCUAUUAAAUGAAGAUCAUAAUAAAAUUUAUGCGCUAGCUACAUAUUAUGGUGGUCGAUGGAUUGCAAAUUUAGAUAGUUUUGUUUGUACACAUAUUAUAUGUGCAUCACCUUUACCAACAAAUCAUAAAUUAGGUGAUAAUAAUAAUAAUCAUGAAGAUAUUGAUGAACGUCUUCAAGAUGCAUAUGAAAUUCAAUCUGAAAAAGUUCAUUUAAUAACACCGGAUUGGAUACUUGAUUGUAUUAAUGCAAAUAUUUUAUUUGAUGAGGCAAAUUAUCAUCCUGAUUUACUAAAAAAUUCAAAUGAAUCUAUGGAUAUUGAUGAAGAUGAUGAUGAUAAUAUUAAUAUAAGAUCAAAUGAUGAACGUUCAUCAACAAAAGAUGUAUCACAAACAAAAUCUUUUGUAUCAAAACGUUCAUUAACAACAACAACAAUUCCACAACGUAGUUCAAAAUUUAGUGUAACAAAUAAUCAUAAUGGUCAUUCAUCAUCAACGAAAGAUACUCAUAAUUCAAUAUUGCCAUCGGAAGAAAAAUUAAUUCGACCAUCGGUUUCAGAUAAUUUAGCUACUUAUAAAACAAAUUUACAAUUGUCACGUCAUGCACCACCAGAAACACUUUCCUAUGAAUUAAAUUAUUCAUUACAAGAUAAACAUGAACGAAUACCUCCAUCACAAUGUUUAUUAGGUUGUGUUAUUUAUAUAGAUGAACGUGAAUAUUCAGUAACUGUAUCAAAAAGUGAUUUGUCAACAUGGUCACAAACAAUAACAAAACAUGGUGCUACUAUAUCUGAUGAUGUUAUGAAUCCAAAUUUAACACAUUUUGUAUGUGCUUAUUCUACAAGUGAUCUUUUUCGACAAGUUUCAAAACGUGGAAGUGUUCGAAUGGUUACAGCACAUUGGUUAAAUGAUGUUUUACAAAAGAAGAAACUAUUUGUUCCUAAUUUAGCUAUUCAUUAUCCAUCACCAUAUGAACCUAAUGAACCAGAAAAAUUACCAUUAACAAAAUCUUUUAUUACAAUCACUGGAUUUGAUGGUCUUGAACGUGCUCGUCUUCGUUAUAUGAUUCGUUCAUUAGGUGGUAAAUAUUCAGGUCAUUUAGGACGAUGGCAUACACAUUUAAUUGCACGUGAAAGUGGAACAAGUGAAAAAUAUUUAAAAGCUUUAGAAUGGUCAAUACCAGUUGUUAAUGGUUUAUGGUUAUCCGAAUUAUUUUUAGGUAAUACAAAUGCACUUAAACAACCAUUAGAAGAUCGUUUUCGACGUCUUAGUGGUUCACCACCUAUAGAUCAUUUUUCAUUUGAUCAAAGUUUUGUUCAUGAAUUACUCUUACCAUGGUCACAACCAAUUCGUAUAUCUGAUGAUAUGCUUAAUACAGCUAUACGUCGUCAUAAUGAACAACAAUAUUCAUCAUUUGAUAAUGAUUAUAUGAAAAGUUCAUAUAAUGAAUCAAUAAUUCCAUUAAUUGAUUCAACAUUAACACAUAAUGGUCCAUUAUUAAUCAUGCUUAGUGGUUUUAAUGCUAAAACAUUAAAUCAUUAUGAAACAAUAAUUAAAUCACUAGGUGGUAAAAUUUCAACAUUGCCACAAUAUACAACACAUUUAAUAAUGAAUAAAUUUUUACGUACAGAAAAAUUAUAUGAAUGUAUGGGUUAUGUAUCAAAUAUAUUAAAUAAAAAAUGGUUAGAUAAAUGUAAUGAUGCAAAAUGUUUUUUACCUGUUGAAGAAUCUGAUUGGUUACUUGAUGAUGAAUUAAAACCACCAAGAAAUCUUUUAAAACAAUCUAUUGAUAAACGUAUUGGUCGUAAAAAUAAACCAUUAUUUACAGGUUAUACAUUUUUUUUAACACCAACUGUUCAACCAUCACAAAUAACAUUAAAAUCAAUUAUAUUUGCACAUGGUGGUAAUGUACGUCGACAAUUUCCAACAAUAAAACAAUUAACAACAUAUGAUGAACAAACAAAAAUUCCAAAUUGUUUAAUUCUUACAUGUGAUAUUGAUAAAUUAUUAUUAAAAGAUUUACAUAAACAUAAUAAUACUGAUUUUGAAAUCAAAAUUUUAUCAAUUGAUUUUGUUCUUGAAAGUAUUGUUCAACAAGAAAUACUUAAUAUUGAUUCAUUUCUUAUGAAAGUCUAA